GAAUAGAGCAAGUGAAUACCUUCCCCACUUCACUACACUUCCAUCACUUCACUGAAUCAAACAGCAACACAAAAAUGGUGAGCACCAUCACCACCACCUUCUUCACUACCACAACCACCCCAACAUCCCUCUCCUCCUCCCUUCAUUCAAAAAAACCCCAUUCUCUCACUCUCCCCAAUUCCAAAUUCAACCACUUCUCCCCCUCCAAACACCCCAAACCCAUAACCCACUCCUCCAGACCCACCACCCCAUCUCUACCCAAAUCCUUCCCCGACGACUCCCCCACCGCCGUCUCCGCCACAACCUCCGCCACCUCCCCUCUCAACCUCAAGUCCCGCCUCCGCUCCGGCGAGACCCUCUACGGCCUCUUCCUCCUCACAUUCUCCCCCACUCUCGCCGAGAUCGCGGGCCUCGCCGGCUACGAUUUCGUCGUCAUCGACAUGGAACACGGCCACGGCGGAAUCUCCGAAGCCCUCCCCUGCCUCCACGCCCUCGCUGCUUCAGGCACAGCGGCGAUCCUCCGCGUCCCUGACACCACCGCCGCGUGGGCCAAGAAGGCCCUCGACAUCGGCCCUCAGGGUAUCAUGUUUCCCAUGGUCGAGUCCGCCAAAUCCGCCGCGAAAGCCGUCUCAUACUGCCGGUUCCCGCCGGCGGGGAUCCGCGGCUCCGCCCACCCGAUCGUUCGUGCCUCCGCCUACGGCAUCGACGAGGGCUACCUGAAUAACUACCUCGACGAGAUUCUGAUCAUGUGCCAGGUGGAGUCGCUGGAAGGGGUGAAGAAGAUCGACGAGAUCGCGGCUGUUGAUGGGGUUGACUGCGUGCAAAUGGGGCCGUUGGAUCUGAGUGCCAGCAUGGGGUGCUUGUGGGAUCCGGGGAACAAGAAUGUGAGGGAUGUGUUGAGGGAAGCGGAGAGGAAGGUGCUGGCGGUGAGGGAGAAGAAGAAGAAGAAGAAUAAGAGUGAGGGAAACGACGACGUUUACCUGGGCGGUUUCGCGUUGCCAUACGACGGGCCGCGAGACUUGAGGUCACGGGGGUAUCACAUGGUGUCUGGUGCUGUGGAUGUGGGUUUGUUUAGGAGCGCCGCGGUGGAAGAUGUUGAGAGUUUUAAGGCUAGUUUGGUUGAGGAUGAAGAAGGAGAGGGUAAAGAGGGUGAUGAGAAGUAUUGGAGUGAAUAAAUUUGUCUUUGAAAAAUUUGGUUUUGGACAAGUUAGUGCACUUUUAAUUUGGUGUUUGGUGAAUUCCAAUCAUGGUUUGGUUAAAAGUUUGUUUCUUGUAGCUCAAGCUUUUGUCCAAAAUGUAGUUUGUGUUUCAAACACCAAAGCAAAAUGUACAAAUUUCAUCUUUUCUUCAGUCAUAUUAGUUUAGUCCCUCAAAAAGGACUAGUAUGGUGUUUUUAGGGACUACCUUAGGUGUUUGACUCCUUUCUUUUAAUUGUAUUUUAAUGUUCUUUAUUGCUUCUGAUUUUAUAAAAUUAGAUUGAUGUAGUUAUCAUAUGCCUUUAAUCAUCAAUGAAAAUUAAUCUUUUGAUCUGUUA